AUGGCAUCCACAGCCGAGGCGCGGUCCUCAUUCAAUCUCAAAGUGCUCCGCAGACACGAUCCAUCGAUCGUAUCGAUCUUCGAGACAGCCUCCUUUGUCGUCUUGUACAACUACAACAAUGGCGAGUGGACCAAGACGGGUGUGGAAGGUCCACUCUUUCUCUUCCGCCGUCGACUGCCGCCGUACAACGGGUUCUUCCUGAUGAACCGCAACGGGGUGGAAAACUUCUCUGCGGACGUGACGCCGGAUGACGACCUGGAGAUCACACCGGAAUUCAUCAUCUAUCGGCCAGAGGCGAACGACGAAGUGUACGGCAUCUGGGUGUUCGAGCCGGGUCAGAGGAUGAGUGUGGGGGACAAGCUGUUGAGGCUGCAGCAGAUGGUCGAGGCGCCCAGUGCCGAGGUGGUGCGCGUUGCGGAGCAGUCGAGCUCCGCAGCCGGGGAGUCCAAGCAGGCGGAAAAGAAGAAUGGGAAGGAGACCGAAGCGAAGGGUGGGAAGGGCAAGGUGAACGGGAAGCCGAAGAGGAAUGCGAAGCAGACGACAACAGCGCCGCUGAUGGUCGAGAAGGACAGCGCAGACGAGGCAAGUUCGACACCGGCACCAUCCGCCAUUGCGAGCACCGACAGCGAGGUCAGCAGACAGAUCAACUUGGACGAUCUGUUUGGCAGCAGUGCGCCGGCGUCGACGCCGGCGCAGUCGGGAGAAGAAUCGACAGAGAAGGAAGCAGCACCGCAAGCCGCAUCGAACGGAGCAAACCUCCUCGACUCGCUCUUUCAGAACGCUGUCUCGCUCGACAACGCUCCAUCAAACACUGCUCCGGCCACUGAAGCGUCCAAGUCAGUAGCAGAGCCAACACCCGCCACCCACUCGCAAAACCUGCUCGCCCUGCUAGGCGGACCCAGCACUUCUGCGCCCACAGCCACCACCGAGCCAUCAGAGCCACCGAAGCCGACAACACCACCACCACAACCCGAACCGACAUCGGCCACAUCAGGCGGCGCACCAAAGAUGUCGGAGCUGAUCGAACAAGCCAUCCGCGACCGCAUCGGACUCGGCGACGACGGCCAGCCGCUCUCAAGGCGCGAGUUCGUCACCGAGCUGCUGAGCAUGGUUCACACGAACCCGGACUUCGUGAGCGAGCUGUACAACUCGUACGUCUCGCGCGUGUCCUAG